GUGGUGGUGGUGUUCUGCAUUAUCUCGCUGGCCGUGCCGAUCGUAUCGGAGCAGUUCAAUCUCGCGACGCUCAUCGUUUUUUCGUGGUGUAUAUUUGCACUGUUCAGGUAUGUCGUUCUAACGGCAGGCGGGCAUAAUGCUUUGCGACAGAUGUACGAAUCGGGCAGCGAACGGUUGGCUAGCGGCGGACUUUUGCGGCGUUUGCUGUACAAAAUUUUUGGCAGUUACAACUUCACACGCUUCAGCAUCGUUCAGUUUCCGGUCGUCAGUACCAUUGUAUCUGUGGUUCAAAUUGUUCUGCACCUGGUUGAUAUAGACGAAUACUAUAGACACACAUACACGUUUCUGGCCAUAUCAGUAAUUUCGAUCGUGUUGUACCUGAUUGCGUUCUCUCUGUUGGUAAACCUCAUUCAACCUACGUUUCCCGAUUCAAAAAUUGUGAAAAAGUUCAAGUAUCUGCGUUUGGUUGUGCUGGUCAUCAAAAUUCAAAUCACCAUCCUCGAAGCGGUGUUCCGCGGAGUGAACAUCGAGUGCAACGAUUUCCCCGGUGAAGCAUGGUCACUACUGAAUCUCAUCAAACAACCCCUAAUCGUGGUUCAGAUGAUAAUUCUGGGAUUCGCCACGUGGACGGUCUACCGAAAGGCAACCAAAAGCAGCAUCGCCUCAAGCGUUUCGUAGGAUCAAGUUUUGUGCAAGUGCAUAUAAAAGGAAAACUAUCAAGCCAUAUCUCCACAUGCGACAACAAACGACUCAUCUCAAGGUUAAA